GAAAAAAAGACGAACGGAAUUGGAAUCUGAUUUUGUUUCUUUCCUUGGUGCUAUAAGCGACCUCCAAUUUUAAUUGUGAUUUCGAUGCUAUAAAUAGUUUAAAACGCUGCUUGUUCUCAAAAAUUGAAAAUUCUCAAAUAUACAAGACUAAGCCACUUCCACAGUUCCACGCAUUUUCACUUCACUGACUUUGGAGCUUUGUCUUGAAUAGAACUCUCCAGAAACUUUAGGCGCUAGUAAGAGCUUCUUCUGAAGCCCUAGCGAGCAAGUAGAAAGAUAUUCGCGCUGAAUCUGCGAGUUUCCGAUGGCGUUUUGGUGGCCAUUGCUUGUCUUAGCAUUCGCGUACGGACUCUGCAGGUUCCUUUUCAUGCUUAUUCCUCCCAAGGUUCCUUCCAUCGAUGUUGAAGCUUCCGACGUGUUGGAUGAUGGAAACCAAGCACAGGAGAAUAGCUUCAUAUAUGUUCCUCCGAGAGGAACGUCACAGCAAUCUGGAAAGAUAGUUCAGUGCUAUGAGCCUGCGACUAUGAAAUAUUUAGGAUAUGUUCCUGCAUUGACGCGUGAUGAGGUCAAGGAUCGUGUGGCAAAAGUAAGAAAGGCUCAAAAAAUGUGGGCAAAGACCAGCUUCAAGCAAAGACGCACGUUUUUGCGUAUACUGUUGAAAUAUAUAAUCAAACAUCAAACGCUCAUAUGCGAAAUAUCUUCGCGUGAUACUGGAAAGACCAUGGUAGAUGCCUCUUUAGGAGAAAUUAUGACAACUUGUGAAAAGAUCAAUUGGCUACUGUCAGAAGGCGAACAGUGGCUGAAGCCUGAAUACCGGUCUUCUGGAAGAUCAAUGCUUCACAAGAGAGCAAAAGUAGAAUUCCACCCCCUUGGUGUUAUUGGUGCCAUCGUUUCAUGGAAUUAUCCUUUCCACAAUAUUUUUAAUCCAAUGCUGACAGCUGUUUUUUCUGGAAAUGGCAUUGUGAUUAAGAUAUCAGAACAUGCAAGUUGGUCUGGAUGCUUUUACUUCCGGAUAAUCCAAUCUGCCCUUGCUGCAAUAGGAGCGCCUGAGGACCUUGUUGAGGUCAUAACAGGAUUUGCUGAAACUGGAGAAGCGUUGGUAUCUUCUGUUGAUAAAGUCAUAUUUGUUGGAUCACCUGGUGCGGGGAAGAUGAUAAUGAGAAAUGCUGCUGAGACACUUAUUCCAGUUACUCUAGAGCUUGGUGGCAAAGAUGUAUUUAUUGUUUGUGAUGAUGUAGAUGUGGACCAUGUUGCGCAAAUUGCUGUCAGGGCUGUUCUUCAGUCAAGUGGACAGAACUGUGCUGGGGCUGAGAGAUUUUAUGUCCACAGGGAGAUUUAUUCUUCUUUUGUCAGUAAAGUUACCAAAAUCAUAAAAUCAGUUAGAGCUGGCCCACCACUUGCUGGAAAGUAUGAUAUGGGAGCUUUAUGCAUGCAUGAGCAUUCUGAAAAGCUUGAGGGCCUUAUCAAUGAUGCUUUAGACAAAGGAGCCGAGAUCGUUGCUCGUGGAAGUUUUGGACAUAUAGGUGAAGAUGCUGUUGAUCAAUAUUUUCCCCCUACUGUGAUUGUGAAUGUGAACCACUCAAUGAGACUGAUGCAAGAAGAGGCAUUUGGACCAAUCAUGCCAAUAAUGAAAUUUAGCUCUGACGAGGAGGUUGUCAAGCUCGCAAAUGACUCAAAAUAUGGGCUUGGCUGCGCUGUUUUCUCAGGUUCUCAGGACCGUGCUAGAGAUAUAGCUUCACAAAUACAUUGUGGGGUUGCUGCCGUUAAUGACUUUGCAGCAACGUACAUGUGUCAGUCCCUGCCAUUUGGCGGCGUAAAACAUAGUGGAUUUGGACGAUUCGGUGGUGUAGAAGGUUUGCGAGCCUGCUGUCUUGUCAAGGCAGUUGUCGAAGAUAGAUGGUGGCCAUUUGUCAAAACCAAGAUACCUAAACCUAUUCAGUAUCCUGUCGCAGAGAAUGCAUUCGAAUUUCAGGAAUCACUGGUGGAAGCACUUUAUGGACUCAACAUAUGGGAACGUUUGCAAGCAUUAGUAAAUGUUUUGAAGAUGCUUACUGAGCAGAACCCUGCCGCUGAAAGCAUUAAGAAGAAAAAUAACUAGGUGCGAGGUAUCUUAAUAUAGUAAAGUGGUGGUUACUUGCUAAUUGCUAUUGCCAUUUACAAAUCAUGUCGAAGAGACGAAAUGAAUGGGGAGCAUGGGGUUUACCAUUUACCUGGAGAUUUGGGUUGUCAUUUGUCUCCAAUCUUCCCCUGGGUACUCUCCUGUCCAUGUCUCGUCAUUUUUAACGUGAAUUAGUUGGGUGCCCAUUAGUUGCGGUGAAUAAUGAUAUCAGUUUUAAAUCAUCAUAUUAAGCAUUUUCUUUGGAUGCGCUUUCAGGUUGGGAUUGAGAGCGGAGGAAGUGGCCUGCAUAAGUAAAAUGGAAUUUACUAUAUAAGUCAUUCCUUUCUCUUCUAUUCUUUGCAAAAUCUCGAUUCAUAAACUCAUUCUUAAUUUCAACAAAAAAUAGUUUUUUAUAUUUUAAGAUAUUAAAUUUACUUAACUUUUAGGCUUUAUUUUGCUUAAUAAUAAUAAUAAUAAUAAUAAUAAUAAUAAUAAUAAUAAUAAUAAGAGAUAUUUGUUACUCUGGUUGCAAAUUUUCUAAAAAAAUUAUGUCAUUUAAGAUAUAAUUCUUUUACUCUUUGAUGGACAAUAUAAUUCUUUUACUCUUUGAUAGACAAUUUCGUGAAACGGUAAUACAAAUACUCUAUCCAAUUGGAUUAAAUGAGUUCCGUAACUAAUCAACUUUAUUUUAGUAUACAGGUAGAGUUAAUAAUAAAUGAUACAUAUGUAAUCUUUUCUGAGAGUGGAUCCUUUUUGAUGGGGAAAAAAAUU